AUGGUCUCGUCGCAGGGUCACCACACUCCCCCCACGGAUCUUCGCAGAAUGACAUCCAACUCGACGCUGCUGACCCCCUCUCACAGGGAGCACAGGCUCUCCAACCACACAUCUCAGCAUCUCCAGACUGGUUCGGUCAGAGUAGGCUCUCGCUCGCCCUCGUCCAUCCCCUCCUCUCCUACAUCAGCACACUCUUCCUCUUCUGCCAUAUUCGAGCGCGACAUCGAACCACUCGGAACAACAUCCCCGCCCCUUUCCCAAAUCCACCCACUCAACCCACAUCGCAUCCCCCGCUCUAAAACCACUGAACAACUCGAACAAAACGUCCCUUCCGUCCUCGACACCGCGGCUGCCGUACUUACAUCCGCAUCCCCCAUGGAAGAGGACCAAAUCGCCGUCGUUACCCCGGCUUAUGAGCGUCCAUUCCGUCCCGCAGGCAGCGGCUUCGCCAGCCCCAAUUGGAGCCUCAGAAGCCGUAGCCCCAGCCCAACUGGCACGGCCAUACGCAGUGCCCCCGGUUCCACGGCCGGCCCCCGCACCAGUCUCUUGUUGAGCGUACCUGGGUCACCCUCCGCGCCCCUUCCGCCACUUCCAUUCCCCAUACUCACUCCUUCGACGAGUCCCAAGGACGCCUCAGCGGGACAACCGCAACAGCAGAGAUUGACAAUUCAAACGAGUCCGUCGGCGCUCACACCUUCCAUGUCCCCACCAAAGACCAUCCCGAAUAACCAACCACACCCGAGUCCGAGCGUGAGCACGCCGACCUCAGUGUAUUAUUCGACGGUGUCUACUACCGAUGGAUCUCAAGGAUCGCCUACGACAACGACGGCCGAACAACCACCUAUGCUCCUACCUGCCUCCCAGUCCCUAUCGCAACUGCAAUCGUCAGCUUAUACUGCUACAUCUGCAACUCCCAACCUGAAUGCCACCACCACGAUCGGCACCACGAAAAUGACGACACAUAUCCACUCCCCUGUUUCCCAACACUCCAUUAUCCCCACCACCUGCAGGCUCACCCUAUGCAGCCGUCUCUCCCACCCGCCGUCACCCACUCCACCUCAAAAGCGUCUCUCCUUCAUCUCCUACACAGAUCUCCUCGCCUCAACGCCAGCGGCAACUAUUCCUCUCUCGUCGUUUACAAACUGCUCAGUGGCGGAGCCCCCGCCACAUAUUCCUCGUGUGUCAGGGUACACGGGGCAUACCGGGUGCACUGGUAUCGGACUUUGUGGGCAAGAUCGUGAUAUGCUUACGAGGGAAGGCGGAAGAAUUGCAAGCGACAGGGGUACUGGGGAUAGAGAGGGCAUGAUGAUGUUGGAAGACUUGGGCGGCGAGUGGGCACGUGAAGGUCUAGGAAGAGGCUUGGAGGAGAGGCUGGAGGCGUUGAUGUCCGUUCCGGAUAGGUCGUAAUUGGAGCGCAAGCAUUUAAGUGUCCAAAGCGUUCGAAUGUCGUCAUGGGUUCCGAAAAGUGAGUCUUAGCCAUCAAAUAGUUUCUCCUUGAUGAACUCGUUGCAGUGUCAUCUUUCAUCAGAUCGUUCAUCCCGCCUUCUACCUUUCGACCAUCACUUUACACAUGUGUUCCCGACAAGGUGAUACGGUCUUCUAGAGUCACUCCCUUUUCUUCUCGCCGCGAGGAAGACAGGAGAAAAUGAAAACAAGGACAACCCGAUGGCUGAAUUAUCUUACUUCUGUAUUAAUCACCGGAUUUGAAACCUUCCUACCCCUUUUCGUAUGCGUACUUCUUUUCUAUGAUAGUUUUCUCUGCUUCCCUGUUCUUCCAUCCCUUACCCAACCCCAAAGGAUUGUGUCUUUGUAUGAGGCAGCUUUUUUACAGCGUGAUCGAUGAUCCUUGAUGGAUGUACCCGGUUUACAGUCGGUCUUGGAAUUCGAAACUUUG